GUUCCAAGCAGCCAUGGAUUCAUCUUCUUUGCACAUAACCAUGUUUCCGUGGUUCGCUAUGGGACACAUAACUCCAUAUCUCCACCUCUCCAACAAAUUAGCAAAGAGGGGUCACAAAAUCUCCUUCAUCAUCCCCAAAAGAACACAAUCCAAAUUAGACCAAUUCAACCUUUACCCAAAUCUCAUUACUUUUUUCCCUAUCAAUGUUCCUCGCGUUGAAGGCCUUCCACAAGAUGCAGAAACCACUUCGGAUGUGUCUUUCUCCUUAGCUCCACUCAUUAUGACAGCUAUGGACCUUACUGAGAGAGAUAUAGAACUUCUUCUCAUUCAGCUAAGGCCACAAAUUGUUUUCUUUGACUUCACACAUUGGCUACCAAAAUUGACUCAACGUUUGGGGAUCAAGUCUUUUCAAUACUUAAUUACUAGCCCCAUAACAGUAUCUUACGUUAGAUCCCCAGCAAGGUUGCGUCAAAGUGCAAACAUGGCUGAAACUGAUCUCAUGCAACCUCCAUAUGGGUAUCCUGUAUCAUCCAUCAAGCUUCAUGCCCAUGAAGCAAAGUUCCUUGCUUCUAAAAGGAAUUGGGAGUUUGGUAGUGGUGUUCUCUUCUAUGAUCGUCUCAACAAUGGUUUGAUUCUAUCAGAUGCAAUUGGAUUCAAAGGUUGUAGAGAAAUUGAGGGGCCUUAUGCUGACUACCUUGAAGAGCAAUUUGGGAAGGCUGUUUUGCUUUCAGGACCUGUCAUACCUGAGCCACCCAACGCUGUUUUGGAGGAAAAAUGGGGUUCAUGGCUUGGAGGGUUCAAGGAUGGUUCAGUGAUUUAUUGUGCACUUGGGAGUGAAUGGAAAUUACCACAUGAUCAAUUUCAAGAAUUGUUGUUGGGUCUUGAGCUAACGGGCUUGCCAUUUUUGGCUGUUCUCAAAACUCCUAUUGGGUUUGACACAAUUGAAUCUGCUUUCCCAGAAGGGUUUAAAGAAAGGGUUGAAGGGAGAGGGAUUGUUCAUAGUGGAUGGAUACAGCAGCAACUGAUUUUGGAACAUCCAUCUGUGGGUUGCUUCAUAACGCAUUGUGGUGCUGGUUCAUUAACUGAGGCACUAGUAAAUAAGUGUCAAAUAGUGUCACUGCCACAGAUAGACGCUGAUCAUAUCUUUAAUGCAAGGAUGAUGGGUACAAACUUAAAGGUUGGGCUUGAAGUGGAGAAGGGUGAAGAAGAUGGUUUGUUCACAAAAGAAAGUGUAAGCAAAGCUGUGAAAAUUGUGAUGGAUGAUGAGAAUGAGUUUGGAAUAGAAACAAGGACAAAUCAUACCAAAGUGAGGAACUUUUUCCUAAGCCACAAUUUGGAAUCAGCCUGUGUUGAUAGCUUUUGUCAGAAGCUCCAAGAUUUAAUUAGGUGAU